AGUCAGCACAGUCUUUCAACUCCAACUUUCAGCGUGAUCCAGACGCACUUGACUGACCGCAACGCGACGAAUUGGCCAACUAGGAUCCGACGACAUGUUAUGAACUGAGAAAUAAUGGAUUAACAUGUUAAACUGAAAUAAAAGAUGCAUUCUGAUCUGUCAGACUCCAUGUAGCGCGGCGAUGCGCAGCGGCAGGUGAUGUGGAGGCUGACGCGUCGGGGCUCAACUGGUCUCCAAGCGGCGCUUAGAAACUGUGGAAGAACUUUUACACGAUUGGCUUUCAGUAGGAAUCAGAAUCAUGGAAUUGAGGGACUAUCCACUAAGUCAUCAUGACAAUUUCAAUAUUAGUUUCUAUUUAGGCAUUUAUUGUUUAUUAAAAACAGCUGUGCGAAUUAACAAAUGGGCCGUUUUAAAGCGCAAACCUAGUAUUGCUUAUUGAAUUACGUUUUAAAACUUUUCUAGUACAUUUAGUGACAACACUUGCCCUUAUCGAGUUAAUCCGGAUCCCGUUGGCUCGUAUGGGACUGAGGCACUCAUCGCGGUGCCUGCUCCUGCGGAGAAAGAUGGCGGAGGCGGAGAGCUCGGAGCAGCGCCAGCAGCAGCAGCAUAUUUCCAGUGCUCCCUCAUCCAAGUCCUUACAACCAUCUCCGCUACCAAAGCCAGUGACGUCCGUUCAUCAUGUUCCUCAUCCUCCACACACGCCGCAUGUCUCCGCGCUUUCUGCCUGUCCGGGCCGAGGCAAGAUGGCCAAGCUACUCAACCCGGAAGAGAUGACAUCACGGGACUACUACUUUGACUCCUAUGCCCACUUUGGUAUUCAUGAGGAAAUGCUAAAGGAUGAGGUGAGGACACUGACCUAUAGGAACUCCAUGUACCACAAUAAACACAUCUUUAAGGAUAAGAUAGUUCUAGAUGUGGGCAGCGGAACCGGAAUCCUCUCCAUGUUUGCUGCCAAGGCAGGAGCCAAACAUGUAUAUGGGUUAUUACCAUCAUUAAAGGGAAAGUGGAGGAGACUGAAUUGCCGGUGGAUCAGGUGGACAUCAUCAUUUCAGAGUGGAUGGGCUACUGUCUUUUCUACGAGUCUAUGCUCAAUACUGUCAUCUACGCCAGAGACAAAUGGCUGCGUGACAUAUCGCUUUCAGGAGGUGGAUAUCUACACGGUGAAGCCAGAGGAUCUGACGUUCACCUCGGCCUUCUGCCUGCAGAUCCAGAGGAAUGACUAUGUUCAUGCUCUCGUCACGUACUUCAACAUUGAGUUCACCAAGUGUCACAAGAAGAUGGGCUUUUCUACAGCCCCCGACGCUCCCAGCACUCACUGGAAGCAGACGGUGUUUUAUCUGGAGGAUUACUUAACGGUGCGGAGAGGAGAGGAAAUCCUGGGCAGCAUCACCAUGAAGCCCAACGAGAAUAACGAGCGUGACUUGGACUUCACCUUUGAGCUGGAUUUCAAAGGACAGCUCUGCGACGCAGCCAUCUCCCACGACUACAAGAUGCGUUAAAACUGGAGCGGCAUCCUGAG